AUGGAAGAAUUAAGACAAGCUAAUCAGGAGCUCCAUGAGGAAAUAUCGCGUUUAGCCCAAUCAAAUAGGAGCAUAGAACAACGAGUAUAUACUUUAGAAAGGGCUAUUGCUAUACGUGAAGAAAGAAUCCGAUUUCUUGAAGAGGAACUAGAAAAUACUAUCGAACUUUCUAAUGAAGAAAAAAAUGAAAUGAUAAAAGAAAUCAUAAAUUUAAAAAGAAUUGUUCGACAACUUGAAAAAGAAAAUAAACAAAAAGAUGAAAAAAUAUCUAUUAAGAAUAAGUUAAUAACGGAAUUCGAUGAAUUUUCUCAACAAUCUUCCUAUAACACCAAAAUAAUAGAAGCUCCUAUAAUUCCGCAAUCAAUAUUUCCUAUACCUGAUACACAAAAAAUGAUUGAUGAGGCAUUAGCGAAACAAAAAUCCAAUUAUGAUGCUGAGAUAGCAAAAUUAAGAAAGGAACUCCAAUCACAAAAAGCGCAGAAAAUACAGGCACCAGUUCCGCAAACCAUUGAACCG